AACAAAAAGAAGAACAAGAGCCCCGUGUGCGGUUAGCUCGGAGCUAAAGCUAAAAACACUUUGUUAAAAUGUCCAAAGGCCAAACGCUGAGAGCUUUGGUGAAUGAGCGGCUGACUGCGGCUGCUGAAGAGAUCUUUGCGCUGUUUGAAAGAACGAUAGCGGAGUAUGAGGAGGAACUGUGUCGCUCCAAAGAGGAGAACCAGAGGAACCAGGACACUCCACAGACUCCACGGAUUAAAGAGGAGCCAGAGGAGCAGAGCGUCAAACAGGAGAAAGACACGCUCCCAGCACAGCUCCCAGUGGGCGUCCCAGAGUCCAGUGCUGUCUGUGUGAAGACAGAAGAGUCCUCACUGCUUCAUCAUAGACAAACUGAGCACAGAGAGGAAACACAGGGAGAGGACAACAGCACAGAGCCACAUUUACACUCAGAGACUGAGGGAUACAUGGAGCACUCCUCUGACACUGACAAGGGUGAAGACUGGAGAACUCCAAUCUGCUGUUCAGCUGCACAGAUGGAGACAGAGGCUGAUGGAGACCACUGCAACCAAGUCCAGAAAGGCCAAACGCUGAGAGCUUUGGUGAAUGAGCGGCUGACUGCAGCUGCUGAAGAGAUCUUUGCGCUGUUUGAAAGAACGACAGUGGAAUAUGAGGAGGAACUGUGUCGCUCCAAAGAGGAGAACCAGAGGAACCAGGACACUCCACAGAUUCCACAGAUUAAAGAGGAGCCAGAGGAGCAGAGUGUCAAACAGGAGGAGGACACGCUCCCAGCACAGCUCCCAGUGGGUGUCGCAGAGUUCAGUGUUGUCCGUGUGAAGACAGAAGAGUCCUCACUGCUUCAAGAUAGACAAACUGAGCACAGAGAGGAAACACAGGGAGAGGACAUCAGCACAGAGCCACAUUUACACUCAGAGACUGAGGGACACACGGAACACUCCUCUGACACUGACAAUGAUGAAGACUGGAGAGCUCCAAUCAGCUGUUCAGCUGCACAGAUGGUUUCAGUCCAAGGAGCUGAUAAGAGGAAACACCAGUGUUAUGUGUGUAAGAAGAGGUUUGGAACUAAGCAGAUUUUACAAAGACACAUUAGAGUUCACAGAGGAGAGCGACCAUUCAGCUGUUUAAUUUGUAAGAAAACAUUUUCUGCAAAGGCCAGUCUAGAUAAACAUGUAAAGAUACAUACUGGUGAACGACCUUACAGCUGUUCAACAUGUGAGAAAACAUUUACCCAAAAGUGUAAUCUAGAUGCACAUGUGAGAACUCACACAGGGGAUAAACCAUUCAGCUGUUCAACAUGCGAGAAGACAUUUGCCAUAAAGGGUAAUCUAGAGAAACAUGAGAGAACACACACUGGUGAAAGACCUUACAGCUGUUCCAUUUGUAAUAAAGGGUUUAAACUUAGGCAGCAUUUGAAGAGACACAUGAGAACUCACAGAACAGAAAGUGACUGAAAAAUAGUUGGUUGUUUUCAUGAGGUGUUUUGAAGAGAAUUCUGUUUUGGAGUCUGCUGCUUCAUUUUGAAUGAAAAUCCUGUCACAAGCACUUCCUGUAUUACCACAUAAGACUAUAAGGUGGAAUGGAGUGUUUUCAGUCUGCGGACAUCUGAGAUAAGAGCUCAUCUUAAAUAUACAGGGGCUGUGUGUUAAAUAUGUGUGAAUGAAACAAAACAUAACUCCAGGUCUGUUUGUGAUGAGGAAACAACAUUGUAAGACAGAUAAAAACAAUUGCUUAAUAUAGUCCUUUAAAAUAAUUGUGUUUUCCAUAAAGGCCUAAAAACCAGGUGGAGGGGUUUGAGCACCUGAAGAAUCCUGGAAGCCAUGGUGUCGGGGGCUUCGUGUCCCUGGUAGGGUCACACAUUGCAAACAGGUCCUGGGGACGGGUCACACUAAGAGUGGUUCAGAAGCUUUUCAUUAUGUGUUCACAAAUAAGGCCAGUUACAUCGCCCGAAUUGGGGUAACCGGGGCCCCACACUGGAACCAGGUCUGGGAUGGGUGCUCUGCAGAGAACAUCUGGUGGCCAGGCACAGCCUGAAGGAGUGACAUGGGCCCGUGGACCCAGCACCUGCAGGAAGAUCCGUAAUGGGGCUGAUGCAGAGGGAUCUGUGUGGGAGGCUGAGUGUUACUGAGUAGAUAUAGUCGGCCUCACCUCCACACCCAGCUUGGGCUGUGGAACCAAACUACUUGAGAGGGGCUGGACUGGCAGCCCGAACUUGAAGCAGCUGGAGUAAUAAUCAGUUCCUCCAAAUCCAAGGCUGUGGUUCUUGUCUGGAUAAAGGUGGUUUGCCCUCUCCGGGUGGGUGGAAAGUCUCUGCCUCAAGUCGAGGAGUUCAAGUAUCUUGGGGUCUUGUUCACGAGUGAGGGAAGAAUGGAGCGUGAGAUUGACAGGCAGAUCAGUGCGGCGUCUACAGUGAUGCAGUUGCUGUAUCGAACUGUCGUGGUGAAGGACCUGUGUUGAAAGGCAAAGCUCUCGAUUUACUGGUCAAUCUACAUUCCCACCCUCACCAAUGGUCAUGAGCUUUGGGUAAUGACCGAAAGGGUAGGAUACAAGUGGCUGAAAUGGGUUCCCUCUGCAGAGGGGGCUGGGCGGUCCCUUAGAGAUAGGGUGAGGAGUUCGGUCACAUGGGAGGAGCUCAGAGUAGAGCCGCUACUCCUGCACGUUGAGAGGAGCAGCUGAGGUGGCUCGUUCAGGAUGCCUCCUGGACGCCUCCCUAGGGAGGUGUUCUGGGCAUGUCCCACCAGGAGGAGGCCCGGGGAAAGACCCAGGACAAGUUGGAGGGACUAUGUCUCUCGGCUGAGAAUUCCUUGGAGCCCCACCAGAGGAGCUGGAGGAAUUGUCUGGGGUGAGGGAACUUUUUCUUUGUACUAGUGCGGAAUGUUUUGUUACUUUUCUGUACUACAAUAAGACUUGAGCUGUGGAGGGUUGAAUAACACUAACACGCUUCAAUAACUCAUUAUAGAAACAAACUCUGCACUUAAGUGUUUCAUUAGGAUUUUUAUUUACUGUUGUAUAAAAGAUUAUCCAGAGAGCCCAUUUAGUUUUGUCUUGAUUACUGGUUUAGUUCAGUUGUUGUUCCCUUGUUGCACCACUAUCAACGUGACUGCAUGACGUUACGUGCAUCGACUCUGUCUCAGAGUUAUUUAAUGUCUGAAUCAUAGUGUCCCUUAGAUCUAAGUAUUUUUGUGUGUAUUUGAUAUUAUCUUUAGAACUUAUAGCUAUAGUUUGACAGUGGUUUGUGCAGCUUUAGACUUUGUGCAACUUUUGUUUUUAUACACGCCAGUCUCGUGACUACGUGAUGCGACUACGUGAUCCGACUACGCUCCGUUAAGUGGAAACUUUAUCCAGAACACCUUUGUUGGGGUGUUUCCCUUAUUACACAUCUCUCCAUCAGCCAUAUCUGUCAUAUGUCACAUAUUAUUCUGCACUUCAUUAAACCUGGGUCAUUUAUUUAUGUCCAUUUCUGUCAUAACUGUACAGACCAGACUGGCCCCUAUCUGCCACUCUGUAAACUUAACAACAUUAUGUAAAUAAACUUGCGGCCACUUGUUGUGUAACCACCAUUUUGAUUUAUAAUGAAUAUAUUAUGUGUAUUUGUUUAUUCUUUCUUGUGUAGAAACAAACACAAACACCAACUCUGGACAUUAAAAGAAUGUUCUACCU